AUGCAAGUGUUUAAAGCCCUGGAAAGGCCGGCUAUCUAUGUUAAUUUGGAUCCAGCAAACGAUCUACCUCCAAUGAAAGCAGAUAUUGAUAUCCGGGAGCUGAUAAAGGUGGAAGAAGUGAUGGAGAAGUUAAAGUUAGGGCCUAAUGGAGCUUUGCGGUAUUGUAUGAAUACCUUGAUGGUGAAUAUUGAAUGGUAAGUCUCAGUUUUCAUUUUUAUGAUUGUUAGGCUUAAAGAAAAAUUACGGGGACGUAAAGGAUACUUGGUCAUCGACAUGCCAGGUCAACUGGAACUGUACAACAGCGAUGACUCGGUCAGAAAAAUAAUUUCUCAGCUGACAAAAUGGGACGUCAGACUGUGUGCUUUGCAUUUGAGUGAUUGCAUGCAUUGUUCGGACGCUGGAAAGUUCAUAGCUGUUGUGUUGAGUGCCUUAUCUGUUAUGAUUAACUUGGAGCUGCCUCAGGUUAAUGUCCUGUCUAAGAUUGAUCUCAUACCGGAGAAUCUUCCCUUUAAUCUAGAGUUUUUCGAGGAAGUUCCUGAUCUCAAGUAUUUGGUACAACGGUUAGAUGUAAGUUAUCGAUGACAAAAAAAGGAAAACAUUGUUAUUCUUGUAGGAUCACCCGGCGUUACAGAAGUAUAAAGACUUGUGUGAUGGACUCUCAACUGUGGCAGAAGAUUAUAAUCUGGUGAACUUUGUUCCACUUGAUGUUAUGGACAAAGACAAGUUACUCCGUGUAAUACAAUUCUCAGACAAGGCAAACGGGUACAGUAUGAUCGAAAUGAAGGACAUCAGGGGUUUAGUUGUUAAAUAA